AUGCCACCGCCUGAUUCACCGGCAACUUACAAACGCGAGCGCUCCGAGGAUGGCGAGCAAGAUGAUACCACGGAUACGUUCUCAAAACGUCAACGAGUAGACUCUCCACAGCCCGACCCAACAGAUAACGGAGAUCAGAUGCUCGAUCAAAAUAAGGCGACCGACGUCGAAGCCACAGCAUCGCCACUCACCAUCCCGUCGGACGAAGAACAAGACGCACAAGUAACGACGAAAUCGUCGCGGUCUUCUAGUCCCGAUGAGUCUGCUCCAACUCCCCACGAGCGCUUCUGGUUUGAUGAUGGCAGCGUAGUCGUUCAAGUCGAGGACGUACUCUUUAGGCUACACAAAUCUCUGCUCAGCGCUCAGUCUUCCUACUUUCGUGACCUUUUUGCGGGCCAGAUUUCCCAGCCCACAGAUUACGAUGCUGGCUCUGGAGACACUCUACCGCUUUAUGUGCUACCUGAAGGGGAUCUGAAGAUUACGUCCGUCUACGAUGUCGAGGAGUUACUGGAUGUCCUUACGAAGCCGCACACGAAUGCCCGGAACCAUUCCUCAACGACACUUUAUGCUAUCGCGCGAGCGGCACAUGAACUGGAAUUCGACGACACGCAUGCAUGGGCUGCGCAGGAGCUUCUUGAUCAGUAUUGGUCGAAUGAUCUGAAUAUCAUUCCCAGCGAGCCAAGAUCGGAUGGCCCCCACGCGGCCCUCCACGUCCUGCAAGUCGCGACGGACGCCCAUAUCCCGCUUAUUCGUAAAGCAGCUCUGUACGACGUGUUGCGGUUGCCCGACUUCGGGCAAAGCACCAAGACCGCAGCUCGGCUCCGACUCGCCGACUACGAAAUUCUGACCCGAGCAAGACAUCAUUGCGCGCAGGUUUGGAUGGACGUACUUACUGUGCCCCCAUGGCGAAGUCAGCAGUGCGCGGAUGAGGAAAGGCAGUCCAAAGAUCCGAUCUGCGCGGCGCGGAGCAGCAGUCAGCGAAAGCACAGGUGGAACACUCUUAUUCAUUCUCAGAACUUGCGCAAAUAUUGGAUCGACCCCGUCGCCGGAUUCCGGCAUCUGCAGGGCAUGAGUAUCCCUAUGGAUGAGAAGACGGGAUUUUGCUUCGACUGUAGGCAAGCCUGGCGAAACAGCUGGAAGCGAAGGUUGAAUCAACUGUGGGAUGAACUGGAUGAGGUGCUAGGGUUGGUACCGAAGAAGGAAGCCGAGAAUGAGGUAGAGCCCGCACCGGAAGCGUAA